AUGGCCAAACAUCUGAAGUUCAUUGCCCGGGCUGUGAUGGUACAGGAAGGGAACGUGGAAUGUGCAUACAGAACUCUAAACAGAAACCUUACCAUGGAUGGGCUCAUAGAGGAUAUUAAGCGACGGUGGUACAAUGAGAAGCCACGCCGCUGGCGACAGCGGGAAAACUGUGAAGCCUGCCGGCGGAUCUACAACAUGAAAACGGCAAGCAAGAUAACUUCUUGA